UCACCUCCUGUGUCACUGAAGAAAUUAUAGACAGUGGAGUAACAGAGAAAGUGCAAAGACAGAAUGUGCCUAGGUCAAUAUUCUGGACAUUUUUGUUUAGUUUUUGUGUGCUUGUGUUAAAAGUACCAACUAUAAUCAAAGACUUCUGGAAUAAUAUUUUUGGAGAAGAAGGAGCAAAGACUUGAAUCUCGUGCACUCAGCGUCAUGCCGGCUGGGUUUCAGCAGUUGGGAGGGGAGAGAAUAACUGGAACCCUCGCACUGUCAGUGUUCACAGCUGUACUGGGUUCCUUUCAAUUUGGGUACAACAUUGGAGUCAUCAAUGCUCCUCAGAAGAUCAUUGAGCAGGACUAUAACUCAACAUGGACAGAAAGGUACUCAGAACCAAUUCCUCCACCAACAUUGACGUCUCUUUGGUCACUCUCUGUGGCCAUUUUCUCCAUUGGUGGCAUGCUGUCCUCCUUCUCUGUUGGAAUUGUCUCAGAGUUCUUUGGCAGGAGGAAAGCAAUGCUUAUCAACAACCUCCUUGCAUUUAUUGGUGGAGGUCUGAUGGGGAUGUCCAAAAUCAGCCGAUCAUUUGAAAUGAUGAUUUUAGGACGCUUUACUAUUGGGGCAUAUUGUGGGUUAGCAUCAGGAUUGGUGCCCAUGUAUGUGGGUGAGAUUGCCCCUACCAGUCUGAGAGGAGCUCUGGGCACAUUGCACCAGCUAGCCAUCGUCACUGGCAUUCUAAUAGCCCAGGUUUUAGGACUUGAAUCCCUGUUGGGCAGUGAGAAUCUGUGGCCAGUGCUGCUGGGUAUUACGGUACUCCCCACAUUCCUGCAGAUGGCGCUAUUGCCUUUCUGUCCAGAGAGUCCACGCUUCCUCUAUAUCAUCCGUUGCCAAGAGCACCAUGCAAAGAGUGCUUUACGGCGUCUGACAGGGCGUCUGGAGGUCAGUGAUGACCUGGCUGAGAUGAAGGAAGAGAAGAGGAGGAUGGACAUGGAGAGGAAAGUGUCCAUUACUGAGCUUUUCCGCUCUCCUCUAUACAGGCAGCCCAUCAUCAUCUCCAUCAUGCUGCAACUAUCCCAGCAGCUGUCAGGAGUUAAUGCUAUCUUCUAUUAUUCUACGGAUAUCUUCAAGAAGGCUGGGGUGGAGAGUCCAGUAUAUGCCACCAUAGGUGCUGGAGUUGUCAACUGUGCUUUCACUGUGGUCUCGCUCUUCCUGGUGGAGAGAAUGGGCCGCCGGACACUCCACAUGCUAGGACUUGCUGGAAUGUGUAUCUGUGCCAUCAUUAUGACAAUUGCCCUCACAUUACUGGAGACUGUGCCUUCGAUGAGCUACAUUAGCAUGAUGGCCAUUUUUGGUUUUGUGGCUUUCUUUGAGGUGGGGCCGGGUCCUAUCCCUUGGUUCUUUGUGGCUGAGCUCUUCUCACAGGGACCCAGACCAGCAGCCAUGGCAGUAGCUGGCUGCUCCAAUUGGACUGCCAACUUCAUCAUUGGCAUGGGGUUCCAGUAUGUUGCUAACCUCUGUGGUCCAUACGUUUUCCUCAUAUUUGCUGUGCUGCUCCUUUUCUUUCUACUCUUCACAUUCUUCCGGGUUCCUGAGACACGAGGGAAGACUUUCGACCAGAUUUCAGCCACCUUCCACCGUCACCCACAAAACACGAUGGACAUGGACCUGGACAUGGCUCAAGGGAAGCACAGUACAGAACUAGACUACCUAGGAUCUGAUGAGAUAGAUAACUGAAGCCUGAAAUUGAGGGAGAUGGUGGACAGGGGCCAGAAUGACCAGAACUGAUCUUUCAUAGGGAGUCGGGGAGGAUCAGAGAAAACAGAAUGCAUACCAAAAAGAGAACAUGCCAGUUCAGAGGAGAGAACGGCAUUUGGUCUUUGUAUACUAGUUAUUAUGGAGAUGAAAUGGGAUGUUGAACUUUGAGGGAAAGUUCAAAGGUGUUUGAAAAGGAGCAAGAGACUUGAUAUUUGGAUUUCUGCACUUGAUAUGCACAAAGGUUUCCAUACUAAGACACAAAGCCAUUUAUGCUUUUACAUACAAUUACAACAGACCUUCAUUUGUAUUAUUUUACUUUAGCCAAAGAAAGAUAAUGAAACACUCAUACUGAUAAACUCCUGUUGAUUUUUUUGUAGGAUGCUUUGAAACAUUUUCAGCAGUUUUUGCACAAAGCUGAAAUUUUAACAGCUUUUUUUAAUGCUUUUAUCAAUCAUACACCUCACACACACUAACCGGCCACUUUAUUAGGUACACCUGUGCAUCUAUACAUUCAUGCAAUUAUCUAAUCAGCCAAUCAUGUGGCAGCAGUGUAAUGUAUAAAUUAUGCAGAUAUGGGUCAGGAGCUUCAGUUAAUGUUUGCAUCAACCAUCAGAAUGGGUAAAAAUGAGAUCUCAGUGAAUGAGACAGUGCCAUUAUUGUCGAUGCCAGACGAGCUGGUUUGAGUAUUUCUGUAACUGCUGAGCUCCUGGGAUUUUCACGCACAACAGACUCUAGAGUGCAUAGAGAAUGGUGCGAAAAACAAAAAACAACCAGUGAGCGGUAGUUCUGUGGACGAAAACACCUGGUUGAUGAGAGAGGUCAACGGAGAAUGGUCAGAAUGGUUUAAGCUGACAGAGGCUAUGGUAACUACGAUAACACCUCUGUGCAAUUGUAGUGAGCAGAAUAGCAUCUCAGAAUGCACAACACAUCAAACCUUGAGGUGGAUGGGCUACAACAGCAGAAGACCACGUGGGGUUCCACUUCUGUCAGCCAAGAACAGAAAAUUGAGGCUGCAGUGGGCUUACCAUUUGUGUACCUCAGCAGAAAUCCAGAUUUGUCAGACCAGGCAAUGUUUUUCCAGUCUUCAACUGUCCAGUUUUGGUGAGCCUGUGCACACUGCAACCUCAGUUUCCUGUUCAAAGUUGACAGUAGUGGUACACGGAGGGGUCUUCUGCUGCUGUAGCACAUCCACCUCAAUGUUUGACAUGUUGUAAGUUCAGAAAUGCUUUUCUGCAUAGCACUGUUGUAACGCGUGUUUACGUGGGUUAUGGUCACCUUCCUGUCAGCUUGGACCAGUCUGGCCAUUCUCCACUGAUCUCUCAUUAACAUGCCGUUUUCACCCACAGAACUGCCGCUCGCUGGAUGUUUUUUGCAGCAAUCUCUGUACACUCUGGAUAGACUAUUGUGCGCGAAAACCCCAGGAGAUCAGCAGUUACAGAAAUACUCAAACCAGCCCAUCUGGCACCAACAAUCAUGCCACGGUCUAAACCACUGAAUCACAUUUUCCCCCAUUCUGAUGGUUGAUGUGAACAUUAACUGAAGCUCCUGACCCAUAUCUGCUGAUUUUGUACAUUACACUGCUGCCACAUGAUAUGCUUAUUUGAUAAUUGCAUGAAUAACUAGAUGUACAGGUGUACCUAAUAAAGUGGCCGGUGAGUGUAUAGAACCGCUCAACUCUCAAACCACUAUUUAAAGACAGAAUUAAACAUGCCUCCAAAACAUGCACACAGUUUAACUUCAGAUGUUUAGAACUUCUUAGGAAUUGUACUAGUAAGGAGUCCUGCUGAUGAAAUAAGUGUAUGCUGCUUGAUGAGUGAAAAAAAUGACAAAAACAGACUGGCCUUUAUUCCUUAGAUCUUGAUUUGUAUUGCGUGUCGCUUGAUGCCAUAUUGAGGUGUGUUGUAUCUAAAGCGUAUCUUUUUAACAUGGACUUAUUUAUAUUGAAUUAAAUGCAUUGUCCUCCAACACUAUAAUAUUGUAUAAAAUCUUUUG